GUUGUUGUAAUUCAGACGACCGUACUGAAACCAAAUAACAGUCAAGUGAUUAAGGACACAAGUCCACAAGUACGCCCGUCUUAUGCAUAUGUAUAUACAUGAAGGAUCUUACAUGUUAUAUCGCGAUCUAGAUAUUUUAGAAUCUCCAUCCGUGGACGAUGUAAUUGAUGUUUGGUGUGUGUGAAAUUCAGGAAAUACAAACAAGAAAAAUAAAGUCAAGUGCGACGAAUGUAUAAGUAGUGACUUGUUAAACCCAAGUAACACCGGAACGGGCGCUUCCAUGGCGUCCAAAAAAGCAGAACGCCGAUGUGCGCGCCGUGCAGUCUUCAGCAACGCUGUGGGUGCGCCAUGCUAUCGCCUCUAACGUCCAUAAGAGCGAUCAUUUCAAACAUUCAAAGAAAUCGACGUGGCCCGCUGUCCGUGAGCGCGGUGGCCCCGCACCGUGAUGUGUUGUCCGAACGCUGCAGAUGUGGAUUCAAAUCAGACACGCGUGGAUGACUAUCACAAUCCUUAACACUGAUUGACCUACCUGUUCUUCAACUAUGGUAACAUGUUCAAAUAUGACAGAAAAAGAAGGAUUAGUAGUUACUAUUCACACAAACAUUACUACUUUCCAUCACAAUACAGUUUUAAUGUGUUGUGGGGAACACCUGUAGGUCUGUAUCUGUGUUUAAUUUGAAUUCGAAAUCAAACAUUCUAUUGUCAAUGACUUCACAUGAUAAAGUUCACUUUUGUUCCAAUUUGCCGUAAGACCGAUCUUCCUUUUUGGGUUAUUAUACCAAACUUUAUCAACAACUUUGCACAAUGUUCAUAGCUCUUUUUCAUUACGUCACUUGAAAUGCUAAGUCUAGUUCCUAUAAGAAAUUAUAUUAAUAUUAAAUAGUAAGCUGUGUCUUUAUAUUUUCCAUGUUACCUUGUCAUUUAGUCUAUUUUCAGAACUUGAAGGACUACCAAAAACAAGAUUAAUGGGCAAUCUCAUGUCUUAACCAAACUUCAUUUGUACGGGAUAUGACCAGUAGAACGAUAUGAAUGGCUGAUGGCGGAGGGUUCACCGAACAUGGCAGUGUGCACAGCCGCCAAGCUCUGUUUCAGUAUGAACAUUUCUCUGCAGAGACCUGUACUCUGAUGAAUUGUCUUGGCUAUGGGCCUCAGAUACGAGGGGCUCGAAUAAACGCCUACAAGGCGUACGGCAGAUAUUUGACUGCAAUCACACGUAGUCAGCCAACGUUUAUCACUACGGGUAGCAAAGCUGAGGGUCUGACUGGCUACCUGAAUGGUGAUACGUUUAUCACUACGGGUAGCAAAGCUGAGGGCAUUACUUGCCCCUUGGAGAGUGAUAUAGAUUUAAUUCGUGUUACAGAUACUGUCAUCUGUUUAGAAGAUGGUGUUGAUUCAAGUACCAUUCCGGCAGAGAUAAACAUACUGAGAUCAUGCAGACGUAUGAGUUACCAUGGGCACUGUAUACUGCUACUAGAGAGAUAUGGAACAAAGAUUCCAAUUCAUAUGGACGAUGCCUUGUGUGAUGAUGGAUAUGGUCGCACACUAUUGAGCAGUGACUUAUAUGUUAAUGAGUUGUUGAAACGUAAACCCUAUGAAGGCGAAGUUCAACACGAGCGUGCUGGACCGUCAACGCCUGCUACAAUUGCUGGAAAAUGGCACCGGGAUUUGGUACUUGCACUACAUUUCUACUGCCCAAGCAUUCUCACAAGAUGGGCGACAAGACCUCGCAAUUGGCCCGAACCUAACAUUGUUCAGGAGGUUUUAUCACUUGGUGCAUUUGUUACUCCUGUUGGAUAUAAAGGCAGUGCUUAUGAACAUGUUGAAUGGAGAAUGUGUUUCAACUCUGGAGAAAACGUACUUGCAAACAAUCUAAAUGACACUCAGGUAAAACUCUAUAUCUUAUUAAAAAUGGUGAAGAAAGAUGUUUUAAAACCAAGUAAAAAAGAGGUUACAUCGUUCACGGUAAAAAACAUUGUAUUAUGGAUAGCAGAAAAUAACCCUCAGUCAUUGUUUCAUGACAGAAGUCUGUUACACUGGCUGCAUAAAGGAUUGGAUGCGUUAAGAGUUGCUAUAAUUAAGUUGGAGCUUCCCUAUUACAUGAUUCCAGAAAGAAAUCUACUGGCAGGUUGUGAUCUGGAUUAUAAACAGCAGCGUACUUGGAUAGCUACUAUUAAUGAUAUGAUAGAUGAAGGUCCGCGGGUUAUCCUUAGGCUACCAAAGAUACGACAAGCCCUAAUCGCACAUCCUGAACCACUACGACGGUUCAGCAGUUGGAAAAUAGAGUUGGAGAUGCUGGAGCUGAUAUGCCAGAACAGAAUCGAGAAAGCUGUUUUAUUUCAGGCAGCACGGGCACGUCAGAAGGCGAUUUUGAGGGAAGUUAGACAGAGAAUGAUAAGUGAGGGGGGUCUUGUUAAUGAUCUAGAUACUAUGUUCGAUCGUAUAUUGAUGUAAAACAAUAACAUCCAUCAAUAACCAUUUGACUUCCACCUGUAACUCUCGAGUACAGAUAGACACUUAUCCUCUGUUUGGUCAUUGAUAUUAUUGUGUAGAAGAAUGAUUCGAACAGUAAACUUAUUCUUGCACACUGGUGUAUACUUGCCUUUCGUUGCAAACUAUCCAUAUACACUUGCUAAAAUGUUUUAUUAUUCUUAUAAUUGACAUGAAUAGACGAAACGUGAAUGUAAUGCUAAUUAUUUAAAGUGUUAUUAUUUCAUGAAAAACAUAUUUGUAAACACGUCGGCUUUCCUUAAGUCAGAUCCCCAUGUAAAAUCCCAUUCAGAGUGUUACAUUAUGUCCAUAUUUGGUAUGCUAGACACAGUUAGUAGUCGUUGUGAUGUAAAUACAAAAUUCAAAGGUAGCCUCACAAUGCGCCAUUGUAUAUGUACGAUUUUAAGCAUACAUGAGUAUAAUGUGUAAGCCGGUUUAAUAUGAUUACAGAUAUAACAAUAACAACACAACAAUCAUCAGCUUUCAAUGAAAAGAAGGGUUUUACAACGAGGAAUGCAUUUGUUUGAUGUGGUUGUUUUUAAAUUUAUUAAUUUACGUAUUUUUGAAAACAUUUGAGCGAUGCACCCUAGUUCCAUGCCCAAGAUUUGCGUGUACAUCAUAAUGAUUUACAUUUUAAGAUAAAAGUGUCGAUUAUAUGUGAAGCAAGUGUGUCUUUAAAAAAAGACUCGUUGAUAAAAUGUGCGCCAAUAUAUUCUAUGAAUAUGAUUGCUGUAUGUGUCAACCUGUAAUGCUAUUGUCGCAGUACGAUUUAAAAAGUGUAACUGUUGAAUGUAUCAGUAAUAUUGUUGUAUUAUUUUUCGAUUUUAUUGUUACUGUAACCAUUUAAGUUUUUGUCUGUACUAAGUAUUUAAUAUCCUUUGAUACUUGCCUAAUAAAUUGUGUCAAUAUACAACCCUUCGAAAAUGGGUCUUAUGCCAUAUGCGCAUUCCUUUUCAGGAGCUACCCUGUCCGCUAAUAAUACUACGAUACCGUUCAUGCCCCCGCAGCGGGCGCUUACUGCAUACGACCUUAUACCCAUGUUUCGCUGGGCGUGGCUCAUAUUGUACUUGAAUAAACACAGACGUGAUGCAAAUAUUAUAUACACGCGAAUUGGGUUGAUGCAAAUUUGCGCUAAAUUUAGUGUUAAAGUUAGGUUUAAUUGUCUCAUUGUUUUGAAAACAUAAUUGUUGCGUGUUGAUGUAUGAAUGCUUUUGUUGGGGUCAUGUAUAUAUGAAUUAUAUAUUGUUUUAUUGUGUAUGUAUAUGAAUAUAUUUAAAUAUUGCCUUCGCUGUGCGAAAAUAUAUACAGUCAUAUAAUCGUGUUGUAACAGUGAAUUGAUAUAUAUGCAUUUGUCUUUUUGUUUGCUGUAUGUAUCAUGUUCUUUCCUUUUUAAUGAUGUCGCUGCUUUUUCAUUAACUCACGUGUUGUGGGCUCGUUUCUGGAUGUAGUUUUUGGCUUUUUAUAUUCGGUAAUAUUUGACUGACAUUUACUGUAAUUGUUAUAGAAUUGAAAUAAGUUAAGUUUAAUUCAA